AUGAGCUUGUCUGGACAAGGGAACAAGCGAGGGAGAGAUGGACUGACUGCUGUGACUUCCCCGCAGGUCCCCCCGCAGAGGGCAGUAGAGAUGGCCGGCCCAAGGCCUCGGUGGCGUGACCAGCUGCUGUUCAUGAGCAUCAUAGUCCUCGUGGUUGUGGUCAUCUGCCUGAUGUUAUACGCCCUUCUCUGGGAGGCUGGCAACCUCACUGACCUGCCCAACCUGAGAAUCGGCUUCUACAACUUCUGCCUGUGGAAUGAGGACACCAGCACCCUACAGUGUCACCAGUUCCCUGAGCUGGAAGCCCUGGGGGUGCCUCGGGUUGGCCUGGCCCUGGCCAGGCUUGGCGUGUAUGGGGCCCUGAUCCUCACCCUCUUUGCCCCCCAGCCUCUCCUCCUAGCCCGGUGCAACACUGAUGAGAGAGCGUGGCGGCUGGCAGUGGGCUUCCUGGCUGUGUCCUCUGUGCUGCUGGCCGGUGGCCUGGGCCUCUUCCUCUCCUAUGUGUGGAAGUGGGUCAGGCUCUCCCUCCCAGGGCCUGGGUUUCUAGCUCUGGGCAGCGCCCAGGCCUUACUCAUCCUCUUGCUUAUAGCCAUGGCUGUGUUCCCUCUGAGGGCUGAGAGGGCUGAGAGCAAGCUUGAGAGCUGCUAAAGGCUUAUGUGAUUGCAAGGGUUCAGUUCCAACCAUGGUCAGAGGUGGCACACCUGCUCAGCCAUCUCAUUUUAUAGCUAACGCUGAUCUCCAGCUCCAGCGAUGGAACCCACUACAGAGGAGGUGGGGCCCCCGUGUCAAAGAGGCCGAGGGGCAGCAAGGGCAGCCAGGGCACCUGCGGCUUCUUAGUAUAAGACUGUCUGUCCUUCAGGACUUCCAAGGCUCCCAAAGACUCCCUAAACCACACAGCUCAUUGUCACACCAAUUCCUGCUUUAAUUAAUGGAUCUGAGCAAAUCUUCCUCUAGCUUCAGGAGGGUGGGGAGGGAGUGAUUGCUGUCAUGGGGCCAGACUUCCAGGCUGAUUUGCCAAAUGCCAAAAUGAAACCUAGCAAAGAACUUACGGCAACAAAUGAGGACAUUAAAAGAGUGAGCACCUCAGUGUCCCUGGGGGCAUGGUUAAGGAGCUUCCACUCAGCCCACCAUGGUGAGUGGGCUGCCAUAAGCCAUCACUGGAACUCCAACCCCAGAGGUCCAGGAGUGAUCUCUGAGUGACUCAACAAAGGCAGGACACAUGGGGUACAAAGACAAGGCUUGACUGCUUCAAAGCUUCCCUGGACCUGAAGCCAGACAGGGCAGAGGCGUCCGCUGACAAAUCACUCCCAUGAUGAGACGCUGGAGGACUCCAAAUCCUCGCUGUGAAGAGGACUGGACGGUUGCGCACAUACAAACGCUGCCACCCUCCACUUCCCAACCCAGAACUUGGAAAGACAUUAGCACAACUUACGCAUUGGGGAAUUGUGUGUAUUUUCCAGCACUUGUGUAUUGGAAAACCUGUGUGGCAGUGAUUUAUUCAUAUUUUCCUGUCCAAAGCCACACUGAAAACAGAGGCAGAAACAUGUACUCUGGUGUGAUCUCUUGUCCUCAGUGUCUCUUCUGGGCUCCUGUCCCUCUUGCUUUAUAGCUAGCUGCCCGGGGACCAAGGUACAGGUGAAAGCAAGGUAGCAGCUUGCGGGAGGAGGCCUGUCUGGCUUACCAGUCUAUACACUGUGGCCUCAACCUCCCAGACAGGGCAGAGAACUGUGGGCAGCUCGUUUGCUUUCUAGGCUGGCUGGAGAGGUGGGAGCUCAUUGAUAGACUCAUGAUGGAAACUAUUUUUGAAACAGGCUUCCUCCUUCAGGAGAGAUCAUGCGGACUAAACUGUAGCAAUUCCAGUGCACCUGGCAGUGAUCCUUUUCUUUGCAAAGUACUGUCUCUUUGGUUCCAGUAAGUUGGACCACCACAUGACAUCGUUUUCCCUGGAACCUGGUCACUGACUAACACAGACAAUUGGGAUUCCAGAGCCUCAAGAGCCGGGAGAGGGCACAGUACAUACAGAGGGAGUCGAAUGGGAUCUCAUUUUGAGUCCUGCCUUCCGCACACUCAGAACGGCAGCCCCAAGGCCUGGAGUGUCCAGGGGCUUCUGGCCUGAGGUGAAUCUGCCAGGCCCAAGAAGGCACAAAGGUAGGAGCACAGAGAGCCCCAUUCCCACAGGCAGGCGGCCCAGCAGCACCAGUGGAAGCUCAGCUGUCCUCCAGCUGCUCUCGGCAGACAGUUCAGUGCACAGUUUACGCCCUAGCUGAAAAAGAUCUCCCGGACGUAUUUCAGCACAUCCUCUUCCUCCUCCUCCUCAGGGCUCCUGCUACAGGCAGAGCUGGAACCCCCCGGCCUCUGGGAAGGGCUGAGGCCUGGAGCCAGUGCCUGUUUCCCACUGUCCUCUUCCUCACUGCUGCUCCCAGAACUUGUGUGAGGUGACACGGAGCCGGGAGGGGAGUGCUCUGGGUUAUCAGCCCCCGCCAGGGCCGGCUGCUCGCAGGCCUUUUCCUGUUUGCGGCUCUGUGGAGUACGGGAAAACGCAGGCUCAACGUACGUGUUUUAUUUCUCUAACAUGCUGAUCUGUCAGUAACGCAGGAUGCAUCUAGAAGCAACUACAAAGCCAAUGUGACCAGGCCAGGCAAUGUGCCCAUAUCCUGAGCACCCACCCUCUCUUCACCCCACUCCUUCCCCUGACCCCCUCUUCACAGCUCUUGAAGAAACCAGAACCCACUCAGGAGAGAAGCAAGCAAAGGCAUAAGGAUUAGCUGAGGGGAAAGGAAAAAGAAAUGGAAGAAACAUGUCUAGAAAGGCCGGUGACAGAACCCAGGAUACAAAACCUUGGUGUGGGCCCAUGCCUUAGCACUAGGAAAAGUCCCACACCACAGGGUUAUUGCAAGGCUAAAAUGACAUAACGCAUGCUUUCAAGGCACCUGGUAAACUGUAGAAUGCUGUGCAACUCUGAGGCACUGCAAUUAUUACUGCAGGAAGCCAGGAAGCUCAGCAUCCUCUGCUCAGGAGAGGGGCAAUGGCUAAGAAGUCAUCUACCCAACUGGGAACCUUUCCGAGAACACAAACAGGUAAACGCUUCCUGUCCCAUCCACAUACACACCAGCGCACAGUCACGCUCUCCCUAAUAGACACACGCCCUCCCUAACACACGCAUGCCCUCCCAGGCUUCUAGCCUCAAAGACACCCCACGAGCGCACACCCACAUGGGGAGAGGCCUGGGCAGCAUGGCCGAGAUAAGAGCAAGGGAAGUGGCAGGAGGAAGAAGAGGUAGCCUACGGCAGAGGGCGUCUCUCUUACUGACGGUGACCAAGGGUCUAGCUUCUACCCAUGCAGAGUUUCUGGUCAUGAGUAAGAGGCUUGUCUGACUUUACCUCAAUCAGGAUUCCCAGAGCAACAUCGACUAUCUCGGCCUCAUUCAUGCAGUACACAGUCCUUGUCACAGGGAGUCUGAAAAAAAGACAUGCAAGGCACAGAUGACACAGACUCUCAAGUCUCAUAAGGGCAAAGACAACAGGAGAAGCAGGGCCUCUUCCCCCUGCCUUCCUACCACGCAGGAGGUACCAGCACCUCUGAGCUGAGGAGCUUUCUCUGACACGGACACAAUUUCCUCAGCCUUGCAGCCCAGUGACUGGCACAGGGCUUCAUGGAGGCAACACCGGGGUGCCUCCCACCCUCCACCAACUGCCCUACAAGGAUCUGGAAGUAGGGAAGGAUGGCCGCCUCUGAAACACACACGUGGAUGCAAGAGGAAGGGAACCUCGGGCUCAGGCUGUACUGAGAGGAACCUGAAAGCAGGACCAGACUUAGGGAAAGAUGGCAGCAGUCACAAGGGAAGGCUGUCAGUCAGGAAACCUUACAGGAGGAGGAGCCAGAGAGGGGAACACCGAGUGCUGGGGCCCCGCCCACUUCACAGUGCAGCCUGGAGACUCACCCCCACCCCCCUCCCCGCAAUUACCGUCAUUCAACUCACUCACUCCCCAGCUCCUUAGCUCUUGCUGGCCCUGCAGCUGCUGCUCAUCUGUCCAUCCCUAAAGGUCUGUCCACAGGGGCAGGCACCACUCAGAACAGACCCUUCCACUGAUCUUGCCCAUCUGAUGUUACCAUGUUUGUUGUAAAGGAAGAGACUGGCAUUCUGGACAACUGGCAUCAGAGAUUGGCUGACAUGGAGAACCCACUCUGUGUGUGCUGAAGGCAGGGCACUCACCAGUGCAGAGGCAGAAGUGGGAGACUGUCCUCAGGGUUAACCCGCUUUGCCUCCCACCCACAGCCCCUCCACCUUCUAAAAGCUCAAGAGAUGAUCAGACUGAAACACCCGCCCACCUUGCUGUUCUGCCUAGGCUGGAAGACCUGGCCCAGGUCAUGGAGGCCCCUGCUCCACUUGCCAGAUUCGCAGGAGUCUUCUGACCAGAGGUGUCGCACCUUGCUGCUGCCACUGGCACUGCUGCCAUUCUCAUCCUCUUGGGGGCCUUCAUUGGUGCCACAUUCUUUGUAGCCACCUGGGCUGUCAGCCAUGAGGGAAGGACCCUCGUUUUAGUCUCGGAUUGUAAGGUUUCCAUCUCUGUACCCUCUCACGAAGAAGAGUCAGGGCCCAAGCUUAAUGACCUGUUUUUUAAUUCAGGAAGGUAAAUCUCGUUCUCUCGUCACACCCGGAAUUACAGGUCCAUUUGUCCUCAGUGGGAGUUGAUCUUUGAUUCCUACAAAGAACAAUAAAGUCCAGUGAAUUCCAGUA